AGAGAGUUAUAAAGAUUACUUUGUACUACAUCAAAUACUGUUGUAACAAAUAUACCACUUUACUUAAAAGAAAAGAGGGAAACUCAAAACAUUUUUUCGGGCUCAGCAAAAAUGGGCAGCGAUAGGAAGAGGAAGGACGAAAAAACUAAGCACAAGAGAAAUUCCCCUUCUCCAUCAGAUGAAGGGAGAAGCAAAAGGCAAAAAGUCAAAGGUAAUGAAGAAUUGAGGAAAGAAAAACCUAGAAAGGAGAAACGGCGUUCUAGUGAAGAGAAGGAGUCGGGGGAAAAGCACAAAAGCAAGAGCCACAAACAUAAGGAUAAGUCGAAAAUCAAUUUUGAAGAGCUAUCAAAGGAUGAUUACUUUUCUAAGAACAAUGAAUUUGCUACUUGGCUGAAGGAUAAGAAGAAAUUGUUCUUCUCAGAUCUUUCAUCUGAGGCUGCACGCGAUUUGUUUUCCGACUUUGUCAAAGAAUGGAACAAGGGAAAGCUCGACAUCCAAUACUACGAGGGAAUCACAACAGGGCCUCGGUCAUCCCAUGCUUGGAAUAUAAAAAAGUAGUGGAAUUCGUAGUAGUGACUCUAUCCCGGUUCUCCCAUGGUUGUGCCUUAGCCUACUUUAGUUGUUUGUGUUUUUCGACAGAUGCUUAGGAUUCUGUACUUACUUUCCUUCAUGCUGGUAAACCAAUCUCUCUGUUGUAAGAACUAUUGUGACCUGGUAUAGAUGAGGUUUAUAUUAUGUCGUGGGGAGCCCACUUCUGGAUUA